GCAGGAGGCGUGGGCGGGACCGUCCGGGGGCGGGGCCAGCCCCGGCUCUCCGCUGUCCCGGGUCCUGGAGCACUCCCCGCCCGGCCGGCCUCUCUCCGGUCUCCCGGACGCCUCCCCCGGCUGGCCGAGCCGCGGGGUGUGCAGGGCCGGACUCCCCGGGCCGGGCAACUGCCGUUCAGCCCUGCCUCACCCCGGGCGCUGCGCUCUGGGCCAGGAGACCGCGAGGUCCUCGGCGGGUUCAGCUCCGGGACCGGGCGAACGCUGAGGGUCCUGCCCCCGGGCUGCGUCCCUGGGGGCUCCAAGGACGAGGGCUCUGUGCACACCCCUGCCUGGUGGCUUCCGGCGUGAACAUGGUGCAGAAGUACCAGUCUCCUGUCCGCGUCUACAAGUAUCCGUUCGAACUGGUCAUGGCGGCCUACGAGAAGCGCUUCCCCACCUGCCCGCAGAUCCCCGUCUUCCUGGGCAGCGAGGUUCUACGCGAGUCCCACAGCGCCGACGGCGCGGUGCACGUGGUGGAGCGGAGCUGCCGGCUGCGCGUGGACGCCCCGCGCCUGCUGCGGAAGAUCGCAGGCGUAGAGCACGUGGUCUUCGUGCAGAGGAACGUGCUGAACUGGAGGGAGCGGUCUCUCCUCAUCGAGGCGCACAACGAGACGUUCGCCAGCCGCGUGGUGGUCCAGGAGAACUGCAGCUACACGGUCCACCCCGAGAAUGAAGACUGGACCUGCUUCGAGCAGUGUGCCUCGCUGGACAUCCGGUCCUUCUUUGGUUUUGAGAAUGCCCUGGAGAAACUGGCCAUGAAGCAGUACACUGCCAACGUCACCAGGGGCAAGGAGGUGAUUGAGCACUACCUGCAUGAGCUCAUCGCCCAGGGCACCUCUCACAUCCCCCGAUGGACGCCUGCCCUGGUCUGCGAGCCGGACACCCCCAGCCAGCCUGGCCCACAAGACCCUGGUACCCAAGAGGCUGGUGGGCCCAGCGUUGCCCCGCCCCCCGCUCCAGAGACUGUGGGUGCUGAUGGGCACGAGCUGGACGCCGACCACCUGGAGAGGCGCCUGGGCCGCCUCACCCCUGCGCAGGAGAGCUGCCUGCUCCGGCUGCGGCUCUGGCUGCAGGAGACCCACACGGGCAAGAUCCCCAAGGAUGAGCACCUGCUCCGGUUCCUGCGGGCCCGUGACUUCCACCUGGACAAGGCCCGGGAGAUGCUGUGCCAGUCCCUGAGCUGGCGGAAGCAGCACCAGGUGGAUGUGCUCCUUGAGACCUGGAGGCCCCCUGCCCUCCUGCAGGAGUUUUACGCGGGGGGCUGGCACUACCAGGAUGUCGAUGGCCGCCCGCUCUACAUCCUGCGCCUGGGCCAGAUGGACACCAAGGGCUUGAUGAAGGCAGUGGGGGAGGAGGCGCUGCUGCAGCACGUUCUCUCCAUCAACGAGGAGGCUCAGAAGCGAUGCGAAAGGAACAGCAGACAGCUCGGCCGGCCCAUCAGCUCCUGGACCUGCCUCCUGGACCUGGAUGGGCUCAACAUGCGGCACCUGUGGCGGCCGGGAGUGAAGGCGCUGCUGCGCAUGAUUGAGGUGGUGGAGGCCAACUACCCUGAGACCCUGGGCCGGCUGCUCAUUGUGCGUGCGCCCCGCGUCUUCCCUGUGCUCUGGACGCUGAUCAGCCCCUUCAUCAACGAGAACACCAGGCGCAAGUUCCUCGUCCACAGUGGCCGCGACUGCCAGGGUCCUGGCGGCCUGGUCGACUACCUGGACAGAGACGUGAUCCCCGACUUCCUCGGCGGGGAGAGCCUGUGCAAUGUCCCUGAAGGAGGCCUGGUCCCCAAGUCCCUCUACCUGACGGAGGCGGAGCAGGAGCACACGGAGCAGCUGCGGCAGUGGAGUGAGACCUACCAUUCAGCCAGCGUGCUCCGCGGGGCCCCUCACGAGGUGGCGGUGGAGAUUCCAGAAGGGGAGUCGGUCAUCACCUGGGACUUCGACGUCCUGCGAGGUGACUUGGUGUUCAGCUUGUACCACACCAAGCAGAUGCCCACACCAGGCCCCUGGGAGCCUGGGACCAGGGCCGGCGGGCCAUUGAUCAACAGGAGCUGGGUCCUGGGCACAGAUUACAGCCGUGUGCAGGCUUCCCUCCUCUGCCGGGAAGGGGAGAGCAUCCAGGGCUCUCACGUGACGCGGUGGCCGGGGGUCUACCUGCUCCAGUGGCAAGUGCACAACGCCCCCUGUGGCACAGCCUGCAGCCUCCCGGGAGUGGAUGCUGCCCUGACCGCCCUGCACAGCCCCGGCCCCAGGUGCAAGCUCCUCUACUACUACGAGGUGCUCGCAUCCGAGGACUUCAGGGGCUCCAUUUCCAGCCUGGAAUCCUGCACCAGCGGCUUCUCCCAGCUCAGUGCCGCCACCUGCUCCUCCUCCUCCGGCCAGUCCCACAGCAGCUCCCUGGUCUCCAGAUAGCUGGGGGCUGUGGCUCACCUCUCCAGUACGGAAGUCUCCGGGAUGAGAAGCCAGCCUGCCGCCAGGGCUGGAGCCCUGGGCCAAGACACUGCCCACCAUGGGGGUGCGGCGUGGGCGGCAAGGACCCUGCUCCCGGCCCCUGUGCAAUGCGAGCUUCCCACAGGGAAAGGCCAAGAUGUGUCGAUUGGCCACCUUUAGGGCUCCCCAGGUCUGGGCUCAGGCCUGGCUGUAUUUCCCCAGGUCAGCUUCCUUCUCAGAGGACUUGCUGGCUGCCAAUGGGAACCUCUUUCUCCCAGCGGUUCCAAUCUAGCUCCCAGGAUAGCCUCUUGGCAGGAACACCCCCCCCCCCCACUCACCAAUCUGUCGCCAAGGGGGAAAGAAGACAGAGCAAGACCAGCGGGUGAGGAGAUGCCGAGUUGGGAGGCCUGGGUGCGGAGAUGCCGAGUUGGGAGGCCUGGGUGCGGGUCCAGCCUUGUUCUCUCUUGCACCUGGUGAGAGAGGCGGGGCCAGCUGCCCCAAGCCUGUCACUAGGGCUCCCAGUCUCCAAGGCCGAGAUCUGAGGGAGGCUCUGAUGGGCCCUGCACAGCCACACGCCCACUCCCUGACCGUCUGGACCCAGGAGCCGGCGUGCGAUCAGCGUUCCCUCCAUGGCUGGGGGAGCUGGGCAGCAGCACCCGCAGACACCCAUGAUGGCAUCCGCUCUGGUUCUCCUCCUGCAUGGAGGUCCCUGGAACCCCCCCGUGUGGCGUCAUCAGUAGCCGUUUUGCUGUGGGAGUCUCGGAGUGAAAAACGACCCCUGCAAGGGGCUGCCUCACACUUGGCUUCACAUACCCAGCCCCCGGCUUGGGCUUCUUUCCCCAUCUACCUGUUGAUCUGGCCAGGACGACCCAGAACAACGUGACUGGUGGUGGUUAGGAGCCUGUGUUUCACAGUGAGACCAGCGUUCAAGCCCCAUCCUUCUGUCCACUAACAGUGGAGCCUCGAGCGUGUAACUCAACCCGUGCCUCAGUUUCCUCAUCUAUGAAAUGGGGACAGCAGUGCCUACCUCACUGGGGUGAGUGCCCAGCGUACACAAAGAGUGCUCAAUAAAUGUGGGUGGUGGUUCCAGUCACGUAGUGUGGCUCACCCAGGAAACCGCCUUCCCCUGGGAUGCAGGGUUCCGAGUACCCAGAGCACAGUGGCAGCGGGUACUAAGCCGGGUGCUUGCAUUUCCUGCGUGAAUCCGCUCAUGUGAAAGAGCGUCUUUCUGGGCAGAAUUUGCCCCAGCCGGAGCCUGAAACAAGGGGCGUGUGCGGUUGUUUAUUUUCUUCCUGGCCUGCCUUCUCUGCAACGCCCUGCCUCCCUGGGAGAUGGACUGUUCUAGGAGACCUUAACUCUCCAACACAGCCUGUGCGGUCACCUGUCUGCCUGACCCAUGCCCCAGCCAGAGGCAUUAAACCUUUCAGACCUCGUCCAUUUCUGUCGUCAGUGUCCCAAGCCCUGGAGGUCUCCCUGGGCCCGGUCAGAAACUUCCUAAGCCGGAAGAGCAUUCUCCAGGGGGCGGCAUCACCCCCUCAGGGGCUGCAUGUUCCACGCACAGGGUGCAGGUGGUGGGGCCGGCUUCCCACAGCCCCCACGGCCGGAGGUUUAUUCUCUCACACCCUGGAGGCCAGAAGUCCGGAAUCAGCAUGCGCAGGGCCCGGCUCCGUCUGCGGGAUCCUUCCCGGCAGCUCCAGGCGCCCCUUGGCUGGUAGCCACGUCGCUGCCGUCUCAGGUUCCAUUUCCACAAGCUUCCCCCGCUGGGAGUCUCCUCUGACCAGACCCACUCACCCUAAACCCAGCGUGCUGGCAUCCUGAGCUCGUAUUUCCUAAGAAGGCUGUGUUCUGGGGUUCUGGAAUCUUGGGAGUGGCCUCCUGGAGUCUACCUGCCAGGUGUCCAGGUGGCAGUGAGCGCCCUACAGGCUAUUUUCCUACUUCUGGGAACCUGGUGCCCUGAAGCUCCAUGUCCAAGGACAGCCAAGUCCUGACGCCACAGGGUGUGAGGGACCAGGGCCAGGGCACUGCGGCCCCCCGGGAGCUCUCGGCACACGGAGCAGGGUGCUGGCUGCCGUACAGGUCUGGGGCCUCUGAGACCCCCGCAGUUGGAACCAGAGGCCAGCAGGUAUGGCUCCUGUAUGUGGUGGCACUGGGGCGACCAUCCACCCAGCUUCUGGGUCUUCCACCCAGCCCUGCCUUCCACAUCUGAUCCCACGGGGGAGACGGCCCCCUCCCACCCCCACACCAUGUAUUCACUUGUGCACCGUGGCUUUCUCGUGGCUUUCUCCUGAGGUGGGGCCGAGAAGGAACAGCCCUGGGGAGGAAGACAGUUCCUGAGCGGGCAAGGGCAGGGCCAGGCCUGCACUGGGGUCCCUGUUGACGUCUGUCUGGGCCGCGGUGCCUCCCUGGAGGCCUCCUGAGGCCUGCGCCAGAGUGGGCAAACACGCCCAGGGCUCCCUUGUGGCCCAUUUCCUCCUCCUGGGUGCAGACGACCAGGUGGCAGUGACGCUGGCAGCCGCAGACGCCUUUGAGCAGGGCCUGGAAGGCAGGAGCCGGGCGUGGCUCCCAGGGAGGCCAUUUCCCCUGCUGUCCCUUCAGUGCCCACCCGUCGACCCCAAUGCCAGAACCCCACACAGAGCCCAGCAGCUGGCCGUGUCACCUCAGUGACUGCCCCAUGCAUAGAGUGCUUGGGUCUCGAGGCCAGGCUGCGGGUACUUCCAGUCCACAGUCUGCCUAUGCUGGGGUCCAGAUCACGACCAGGUCAGGGAGGGACCCUAGCACUGCCACGACCAUGCAUAUCCCUGACGGGCUCACCUGCACUUGGCUCUUGUGUAUUUGUAUCAUUAGUGUCCUCACCACAACCAAAAUUAAGUGCUGGAAUCGCCACCCCCAAACCCCCGACAGACUGCUUCAAGCUAACGCUGGGACUUGAUGCAGCUGAAUCCAGGGGCCUGACCCACAUCCUCACUUCAGUUCCUCCCAUGCUGACUCUCCAAUCUCCAUGCUGGAGGAGAGCUGAUGCGCCCCCUCGUCCUGGUGGUCCACGCCAUGGAAGUCCACAGUCCAGCAGUCCUUUCCUUCCUCCGCUUCCUGCAGUUUGCAGAGUGGGCUGUGACGGCGGCUCCCGGUCUGAGGCCCGCCCCCAGCCCAUUCUCUGGAACCUGGUGGGAAGGCAGCCUGCCAGGCCACCUGGAUGGAGAACAGGAGAGAGGGAGCACACGAGGGCAGCACGACUGGGCUCUCAGCCACUCACGAUCACCGAGGGCUUCAAGAGGUAGGGGCUGCCACUGCUUCCUCCCUGACACUGGCCUCUGGCUGCCGGGGUGCCCUGGGCCUUGUGCAGGGCAGGCUGGAAGAACCAGGGCACUACUCUGCAGGUGCAGCCCACGAACCCCAUGGUGGUCGAGUGCUGGCUGACCGACACCCUCUAGCGGGACAAGCGGGGUGCACGGUGGGUCCUGCACUCUUGUCCCCAGCAGCACUGAGCCCCUGCUGUCUACAGGCUGGAUGUGUUCGAUCCCAGACUGGGAUCUAACUGCUCUUAGAACAGGGAAGCUGACUCUCGGGGACCCGACGUGUCUCGGGGGGCUGGCCUGGUGAGCUGCUUGAUGGGACACAAAGCACAGGAUAUAAGGUCACACCCGUUCCCAGCUGCGGCCUUGCAGCUCGGAACUUGGCCUUUUCCCGGGACCUUCUCCACCGGCCAGCAUCUUGGCGGAGGAGACACCGAGUGGAGCCGAGCUGCUGCUGUCCCAGAGCAGCUGGCCUGGCUGGCCCAGUAGCUGGUGGCAAGGCAGAUCCCAGCCCAGAGUGGCAGAAUCACCCAGCUGCCCCCAGAGUCACAAGCAGUAAAUAUUGUUUUUCACGAGACCGACGUGGUUUUAAGCUGCUAGGUUUUGCAGCGGUUGGUUAGGUAAGGAUGGAUAACUACUACGGCUGUGCCACGUUUGGGGCAGAAGAUGGAAGUAAAGGAUAAAUGUAGGCGUGGGCUUUUGGCCCUAGUGGUUAAGAUGCCCAAGGUCAAAGCUGGUGCUGUGGCAUAGCAGAUUAAGCCUCAGCCUGCGAUGUCCGCAUCCCACAUAGGCGCCAGUUCAAGUCCCGGCUGCUCCAUUUCCGAUCCAGCUCCCUGCUAAUGCACCUGGGAAAGCAGCAGCAGAUGUCCCAAGUGCUUGGGCCCUGCACCCGCAUGGGAGACCGGGGAGAAUCUCUGGGCUCCUGACUUCAGCCUGCCCAGCCUCGGCCAUUGCAGCCACUUGGGGAAUGAACCAGCAGUUGGAAGAUACCUCUCUCUCUCCCUCCUCUGUAACUCUGCCUUUCAAAUAAAUUAAAAAAUAUAUAUUAAAAAAAAAAAAAAGACGCCCAAGGUCUGUAUGAGAGUGCGUGGGCUGGACUCCAGCCUCCCGCUGAUGCGGACCCUGCAAGGAAGGCGGUGGCGACUGCUCAAGUACUUAGGGCCCUGCCGCUCAGGACGGGACCUGGAUGGAGUUCCCACUCCUGGCUUCGGCCCUGGCUCCUCUGGGCUUGGGGAUAAAGCCACAGGUGGAAGUUCUCUGUUCUGACACUCAAAUAAAUGAAUAAUAAGUAAAAAUAAUGCUUCAGAAAGAA